GUUUUCAGUUUUGUUUUCUUUGUUUGAUGAAUUUUUCAUUAAAAAGAAAGAAAACUAAAGAAUUCCAACGUCGUCUGCUUGUAUUGGUAAAAAUCGACACACGUGAGUGCUGUCAUUUACAGCUAUAAUAAUUAAAAAGUUUUUACAUAACCGCAAUGAAUCUAUUGCCCAAAUCGAGUUCUGAGUUCAGCCAACAAGAUUACUGGGAAAAAUUUUUCAAAGCAAGAGGCAAGAAAGCAUUUGAAUGGUAUGGCACAUAUCAACAGCUUUGUAGUGUGCUUCAUAAAUACAUCAACCCAAGAGAUAACAUCCUGGUUGGAGGAUGUGGUAAUUCUGCUCUUAGUGCUGAUCUGUACAAAGCUGGCUUCACGUCUAUGACAAAUGUUGAUAUUAGUGAAACUGUUAUUGAACAGAUGACUAAGCAGUAUGAAAAAACUCAUCCCUUAAUGAAAUUUGUGGCAAUGGACUUACUUGAUAUGACCCUUGAUGCAGAAACAUUUUCCUGCUUUUUGGAUAAAGGAACAUUGGAUGCCUUGAUGUCCGAUGCCAACCAAGAAUCAGUGGAGAGGGCAGAAAAGAUGUUUCAGGAAAUAGAUAGAGUUCUAAAAGUUGGAGGACGGUACAUUUGUAUUUCGUUGCUCCAAGAACAUAUUCUUCGGUGUCUUGUAUCAUACUUUCAUAACCUAGGAUGGAUGAUUCGCGUCUGCCGAUGUGAGGAGGCUGAGCAUCAGGAAGAUCCUUCAGAUUCGAAACAAAAAAAACAAGCUGGUAGUAGCCGUUUCCCAUUUCCUGUGUUCACUGUGGUAUGCACCAAGUUUAAGAAAAUGGAACGUCUGACGCCAUUGCUCGAAUUUUGCCCCGACGAGAAAAACAUUGAGAGACUAUCAAGUGCAGAUCAGUUAAAGGAACGUGUUCGAUCCGUCCAACAUUUUGCUACAUUAUGCCAUCAAAUUAGUCAUGACGAAAAAUCCUCACAAGAUGUCUUUAUUGAAUUAAUGGAUCCCAAGUCGUCAAAGAAGACCCCUAAGUAUACACUAUUUAUCGUUGAUCGCCAAUGUAAAUCGGCCCAAAAAUUCGCUGCUUUUGUCGUUCCCCAAGGAAGGGAAACAGAUUGGUUGUUUAGUUCGCAUGAGGGGCGACGCCAACUUGCCGAUAGCGCCAAAUAUCAGCGGCUGUUAGUAAUCCAUUUGGGUCGCGAUCACCAAUUUGACAGUUUAGAUAGCGUUCAAACUGAAUUGGCUGGAAUUGUGUCCAGUUUACAACCCCAUGGGUUACCAACAAAUACGCAGAUUCCUUUUCUGUCGUUGGGUGCACAAGUUAACCAACGCAAAGAGAUUCACAGAGCAGCAAGUGAAUCUACAGGCGAAUAUGUAAUCGAAGAAGUAGAAGAAGAAAAUGAUGGAAAACCCGUGGUACUGCGACGGCUCAUUUUUCUUUCGAAUCCGAACGUCAUUCAGUCUGAAGCUCGAAUGAAAAAAGGAAAGGUAGAUUUGAAACAUUUAGCGUGCCAGCAUCACCUUGUUAUGGUGGAAGAACUACGACAACACCUGGACACACGAAAUCCUGAACUGAAUAGCAUACUAGUACUUGGCCUUGGUGGUGGAGCUCUUUGUACCUACCUGCAUCAGGCAUAUCCGCACUUCAAAGUCGAUGGUGUCGAAAUCGACCCGACCAUGGUAGAAUUGGCGGAAAAAUAUUUCGGAUUCAAACCGAGCGAAAAUCUCAGACCCCAUAUUGCUGACGGAUUAUCUUUCGUUCGCGACCUAGCAGCCACAGAGUCCGGGGAACGUUACGGUUUCAUCAUGCUUGACGUUGAUUGUAAGGAUCGUAGCUUAGGAAUAAGCUGCCCUCCUCCUAGUUUUUUGGAUCAAAAUUUUAUUGAAUCUGUGAAACAGUGUUUGAAUCCUCAUGGUUUCUUUUUUAUGAACCUUGUCUGCCGAGAUGAGGCGAAACGAAAUAAUGUUAUGGAAAUGCUGCGUAAAUCAUUCGAAAUCGUCCAAAUGAGGAAAAUCAAAGGAGAAGUCAAUGAAAUCAUCAGAUGUCAUCCCGUAGCAUUGACUUUACCAGCAAAAACAAGAAAUGGUAAAAAAUCAUCGAAAAAAUGAUUUUUUUUUUUUAACUGUGAAAGAAGGGAUUGCAAAAUUAAGUUCGUGAUUUCCUGAUACAAUUUACUUGGGACUCUU